AGAUGAUCGCUGUAGUUCAAACGGAGCGGAUCGUUAACUAAGUGUUAAUUAGAAAGCUUUAUUGAUCAAAUCCGGAGUGGAAACUCUAAUUUUUUAUUUACCUAGGUGAGAUUAAAAAGAAGCAUCUUCCUUUUUUAGAAACUAACACAAAAGGAAAAAUUCGCAUGGGACGUCAUACUGAAUAGAAUGAGAAGAAAAAGAUAGAAAAUUAGCUUCAUCGCAAUCUGAAAGAGGAUUGACAGUUACGUCACGGAUGAAAUCGAUCUUCCUCUUCUUCUUUCCCUUUCUUCCCUUUUCCCUUGCUGGGCCUAUUCAGCUUCUCUUCAGCAUCAAAGAGGAACUACCCCGAAACUCGGUCGUGGGGAAUAUUUUGAAAAAUUCCACAAGAAAUUUCGCGCUUCGCAUAAUUCCAAAACCAAAAAGUAAUGCAGGACUAUUAUUCCGGAUACAUGAGAACGGUGACCUAAGAACAAGAUCAAGAAUAGACCGAGAUGAAAUAUGCCCUCGACAGGAAAAGUGUGAUAUAGAAAUGGAUAUAUUCGACAGAACAGUCUUCUAUAAAGUCAUUGUUGAAAUAAAGGAUAAGAAUGAUAAUAAGCCAAAAUUUACUGAAAACUCAACUACAUUUUUUGUGUCAGAGGCAACUGGACCCGGAUUUUCAAUAUCAUUACCCGCCGCUCAAGAUAAUGAUAGCCCGAAAUACGGUAUAAAGAAGUAUGAGAUUCCUGAUCUCCGUAAGAAAUACUUUGAAUUUACAUGGAGAAGGCUAGAGGAUGGAACGGAUGACCUAAAAUUGUUAUUAAAGAGAAAAUUAGAUAGAGAGAGAAAAGAGAAGUAUAAUAUGGUUCUAAAGGCAAUUGAUGGUUCAGGUAAAAGUGACAGCUUGAAAAUUCUUAUAAUAGUGACCGAUGCUAACGAUAACAUAGCUGUUUUUGAGGACCAGCAUUACGAAGGGGAAGUCUUAGAAAACAGCCCUAAAGGUACAAGCGUCCUUCAGGUUAUUGCCAGGGACGAAGAUUUGGGACCGAACGCAGAAAUUGAUUAUUUCAUUGUUUCUUCCGACUAUCUGCCUUUUGAAAUAGAUGAGUCGGGAGUGAUAAAAGUAAAGGGAUCCAUUGAUUACGAGGAAAAUCAUUCUUAUGAAUUCUCAGUACGAGCUCGAGAUAGGGGACCAGAUCCGCUAUCGAGUAUCGCUUCCGUUAAAAUUAAAGUUCUAGACGAAAACGAUUGCACACCGAAGAUUCAUGUUAAAACCUUACAAGUUGACAAUUCCUUUGCAACAAUGGAAGAAAAUCGGCCCGAGAAGAAUUUUAUUGCUUUCGUUACAGUUGAAGAUCCCGACUCUGGCAAAGGAGGAGAAGUAGAAUGCGACUUAAAAGAUAAUAAAAGUCAUUUCUUAUUGAAGAAAAUAAUUCCGAAAGAGUACAAGCUUGUUAAUAAAUCACCUUUAAACAGAGAAGAUCCAAGAUUUGAUGAUAAAGGAGAAAUAGGUAUCGUUAUUCUAUGCAAGGAUUUAGGUAAGAAUCCAAAUAUUGGAAGUAGUUUUGUCCUGCUGAAAGUGCUCGAUCAAAACGAAUCCCCACCAGUCUUCAAAGACAGUGAAGUAUUUAAAGCUAUUCAAGAGAAUCAAGGUAAAGGAAAACUGCUGGUAGAAAUAGAAGCAAACGAUCCAGAUGGAAAUGAUCGUAAUUUAAGUUUUCGUUUCAAAAAUAAGCGAUUCGAGAAAUACUUAGAGUUGAAAGAAGACGGAAAUCGUGCUAAAAUUUACACUAAAGUUAGCUUGGACCAUGAGGAGACUCCGGAAUUGCAUGUGAAAGUAGAAGCUUGUGAUCAAGGUGGAAAAUGCGACGUAUGCACUAUACAUAUUCAGAUACAAGAUUUAAAUGAUAAUUAUCCAGAAUUUCGAGAAAAUUUUUACAAUUUCUCAGUUUUAGAAAACCAAAAAUCUUCACUUUUUGUCGGAAAAGUCAACGCUUUCGACCGAGAUUCUAAAAGCCUAAAUGAAUUCUGCCUUAAGUUGAAAGGAGAAAAGGAUUAUCAUUUUAAAAUUGAUAAAAAUGGAACCAUUCGAACAGCAAGAAAGCUUGAUCGGGAAAAAAUUUCAGUAUAUCAUUUAUCUGUUUAUGCUCUUCCUGACACAUGCAAUUUUUUGCCUACGGCUCCGGGAGUCCGCAAGGCAAUUGUGGAGAUCUGGAUCUUAGACGAGAACGAUCAUUCUCCAGAGUUUAAAUGGCCUGCCUCAUCCUCUUAUACAAUAUCAGUUAAUCCCGAUUCGAGGGUUAAUAAGGUGGUAGCUAGCCUAGUUGCUUCCGACAAGGAUACUGGAUUAAAUUCAAAAAUUCAGUAUGAGCUUUUGUCCGAUAAACCAGCAGGAUUUUUCCAGUUAAAUCCAUUCACAGGCGUUGUAAAACUAGCCAAAAGCUUAGAAACGUUCGAGAACGGAGCAGUUAUCAAGUUUAUUGUCAAAGCUUCAGACAUGGGAGAAAAGUCUUUAUCUUCAGAAGAGAGAACUUUAAACUUUAUGGUAAAUAGGACGUCGUCCGGAGAAUUUUUCGGUGAAAUAUGGAAUACAUAUGUCCUCUGGGUUAUUAUUGGACUAGGAAUCCUUGGCGCUAUUCUUCUUGUUGCUUGUUUUGCGUUAAUCAGGAGAGGAAGGAAAAGAAGUGAUGAAGUAGACGAAGGAUCUCCAGUUAAAGAGAGAAUGUUAGCCGUUAAAGAUGUUCAUUACGUUCCUAAAGACGUAAGUAUAUAAAAGAAUAUCUUACUUUAUUUAAAUAAGAGUUUAAAAAGAUGUUUGCCUAUUUGUUCUUGUAUUGGUAUUCUUUAGUCUAACAAUGAAUUAUAUAAAGACUGUCGACAGCUAAGAUGGCACUUAAUUUAAAAUUACUGGCCUCAAAUAAGGCAAUACAUUUGAUCGAUUUAAAGAAUUAGAAAUAACAGGGCUUCUGUCUGUUUAACUCUUAAACAUUCUUCUAUCAUCGUUACCGAUGUAACAAAGUUGCUUCAAGGGUCGAUACGACAAAAAACAUAUCAAGUAUGUCAAUUCUCCUUAAUAUUUGCUAAAAAAGUGGGCGAUAAAUACAAAUAUUUUCAUUGUCAGACGAAAUACUGCCACUAUCCUCCUCUUGUGCGCGUUUUAACGAUAAACAAGCUAAACAAUGAUAAUAAAUAACAAUGACGAUAAUUAGACAAUAUAGUUGUCAGGUGGGACCCAAGUUUUUCGUGACAAAUUCGUUGAUAGUUGUCUAUAGGAAAUCUAUCGACUGAACGAUUGAUAGUGGGCAAGAAUCAAUGGAAUCGAGUGAGAGUAGGAGGAGCUGUUUGUAUCUCGGCAACUGAUCUUACUUAGAUAGCGCUCGUCUAGUUUUUUACGCACCUAAAAAUAACUUUUCUUUUAUCUCCUUUAUUAAAGAAUUAUUUUUAUAAAUUUUCUAGAACAAAGCUUUAUUGCCCGUUUUUUGGAUGCUUAGAUGUAGAAAAAAGUUAUAUAACAUACAGUUCCGCCUUAAACCCCUUUUACUUUCAUUAAAACUUCAGUAUAGUAUAAAUAUUUGACAUGCAAAUGAUAUGCAAAUGAAGUUACAUAAAAAUGUGAAUAGUCACGGCUUGCAGAUGGUUUUUAUAUCCUAUUAAACUAGCAUCGUCUCCCCUUCCAUCAUUAAUUAUUCAUAUUCGUAUAAGGAAGCGAAUUAGGUGUAAUUCUUAGAAGGCGUCUAUUCAUUCCCUAAUUACGGAAGCCAAAGAGAGAAACGCUUAGAUUAUGAAAAAUGUGACGAUUGUUAUUGAUUUGUAUAGUUGAGUACAAGACUAUACAAUUAUAGAUCGACAAAAAGACAGAAAACAGAUAUUAUAGGAAAUUGUUAACUAGAAAAAAAAAUGCUCUGAGACGGCUAUCUGCAAUGGAUAUUUAUGCUUAAUAGGCGGCUUUUUACAGUCAUUACAUAAUUUAUCGAGCCGUUAAAUUGUAUGGGCGAUUAUUGACUUGAGUUAUGUUUGAAGUAAGGCUACAAAGACUGCAAUUUUAAGACUCCUACGUCGUUAUAAAUCUGUGCCAGUACCAUAAUAUUUCUGCUUGUUUUAAAAGGUACUAGAAGCAAACUAACCCAGUCAUGGUUUUUUCCGUCAUUGCACAAAAUUUAUUUACGGCUUAACAUUGCAUUUUACGGUGACAAAACCACAAUUUCAAGUUAAUAAGCAUCCUAUAUAUUUUAGGCCGACAAAUGAUACUCUCUUUAUUAGCUUCAUUGCUAAAAAAAAUAAUUGUUUAAGUUAAGCGAAAAGAAACUGAAAGCAUCCUCUCAAAGCAUGUAAGAGGAAACUAUAAAAACCCCGUUAUUUAUGAUAGACAAGUGAAUGGAAGCAGAUAAUUUAAGUUAAUAGAUCCCUUAAUCAAAGUAAGAAAUGCGGUAACAGCUAAAUUAAAAGAUCAGAGCAUCUCUAAAGUAUUCAAUGACUCCUUCUCUGACAGACACUCUUUCCAUUGUUGAGGAGGCAAAAUAAAACAAAAUAGAGUGUGAUAGGACACAACAAAAACGAAUUUAGGCCGACUUUUUUUCACAAUCCGCUCUCGAUUCGCUCCGUACAACAUUCAAUCAAGUUUGCAUCUGCUUUACAAACAUCAAUUUAUUGCCUCCACUGCAAAAUGUCACUCAAUUUGCCAGACGCCUCUUUGCCAAGAUAAAAAGAAGAGGUGAAACAGUGUCGCCCCAAAAUGGUUCUUCUGCUUGUUCCGUUACAAACGAGUGUUUGUCAAAGAUUCAUCUUCAUUCGGAUAAUGUCCGUAAAUGAGAUAGACAAGCGUUUCACUAAUCACAUUGUUCCUCCCGGCAGCGAAUGUUUUUACGGGACAAUUUUUUCAUUGGAUUUAUUUAAUUCUAUAUAUUGGGAUUGGGGGCUACUUUUCUUAAUUUUUUUUGCGGUCAAAUUCGCCUUAGGAAAGCAAACAAAACAUAUUUCCUGACUGAAGCAUAUCCCUUCAUUUGGCCUAAAAGAAUUUCAAGGAGAUUAGAGAUUCUUUCUAGGCACGUUUCAUAAAGUUUAUUGAAUGAUUCGAAGAAUUUGCAGAAUUGAUAAAAUAUUUGCAGUAAAAGUGUUUAUCGAGUACACUUACACUAAGUUGGAAGGUAAUAAAAUUCACACAGGACGGUCCAAUUAAAUUUUCCCUCCUCUAGCAGUUCAAUUAACAGCAAUCUAUAAUAUUUUCUGUGUUUCCACAGUUUUUUAAAAAUCAAUAACGUCGCCGAGGGCCUUCAUUCAUAAGCCAAUCGUUUUCAUGAAAGUGUUAUAUUUAGAUCAUACCAUAAAAAGAAAUCACCCCCACCCCCCUCUUCACCCUCUUCCUUUCUCAGCCAUCACAUAAAACUUUCAAACAUUAAUUUAUUCAUACUAGAAAAACAGCAAAUUAGUACUGGCAAUUUGUUUCCCAAAGAACUAUCAUAAAGCGCUAAUAAUCAAAUUAACGCCAUUUAUCGGCCGUCUAAUGACUUGGUAGAUGAUUCGACUAAUCGAGUCAAGGAAUGUAUAGCUUUAUAAUAGGCACUUGACUAGAACGAAUAAAGUAGAGAGAGGCACAGGGUGAAGAUUGGGGUUGAAUUUGGUGGAAAACCGCAACCUAGCGAAAAAUAACUUUUACGAAAUAGCCAGAGGCACAAAAUUCGGCGUGUGUAUAUAUAAAAAAAA